AUGUCCUACUUCGGGUUCCCCUUCCCAGAAGAGACCCAAUCCUUCAGCUCUCACGCCCAAGUGCUGGACUACCUCUGCUCCUACGCGGACGAACACGACCUGCAUCCCCUCAUCAGCCUCGGAUGCUCCGUCGAAUCCGUCCGCCUAGCUAGUCUUCCCUCCGUCGGGGAUUCCUCGCACACAUUUGGCAGCGUUGACGGCAGUCUGAGUAGCAGCGAAGACUCAUCUUUGGGGGAGGGAGCGGUGACGGGGACCGACACUGCUGCUGCUGCAGGCCGGCACGGGGGCGGAAUCGACCAAGGGCAAUCGAAGGCGGAGGUGGAGAGCACAACGCUCGGGAGGUGGGAGGUGGUGUACCGGCGAAGAAGCGCUCCCGCUGCGGCUGCCGUUGCUGAUGAUGAUGACCAGGUCGUGGCGGAGGUGUUCGACGCCGUUUGCGUUUGCAGCGGGCACUUCGACGAGACGUACACACCGACGGUUGCGGGGCUGGACGAGUUCCAGGGGACGGUCAUGCACGCCAGGGAGUACGACAUACCGGGCGUUGAGGCGUUCGUGGGGAAGAGGGUGCUGUGCGUCGGGGCUAGGUCUAGCGGGACGGACAUCGCGCGCGAGAUCUCCUCCGUCGCGCACGCGGUCCACGUGUGCGACAGGAGCAACCCUGUCAACUCCAAGGGCGGAGAAAGAGGCAACGUUUGGUGGCGGACGGCGCUGGAGAAGUUCGAGGGCGCCAACGGAGUGCGGUUCAAGAAUGGAGAGCUCCUUGAGGUAGACACUGUGGUGUGGUGCACCGGCUACAACUACGCUUUCCCGUUCUUGGAAGGCUCCGGGCUGCUCACCGCGCCGGCGUCGAAGCGCGUUCACCCUGUGUUCGAGCACCUCUUCCACGUGUACCACCCGUCCCUGUCAUUCGUCGGCCUCCCUCAGAGCAUUGUGACCUUUCCGCUGUUCGAGCUCCAAGCGAACGCGGUAGCCGCCGCCAUCGUCGGGCGGGCCUCCUUCCCCUCGCUCGCGGAGCGCGAGCAGUGGCUCCGGGGGGAGGACGACAGGCUGCGGGAGGGCGGAGUGGGCCCUUCCUCGCGGGGCGCGCACGUUCUCGGGGGCAGGCAGUGGGAGUACCUUAGGCGUCUCCUGCGGAUCGCGUCGGGGCCGGGGGUCUUGGGGCGAGGUUCCACCGCCGAAAACCACCCCCCCCAGCGUGGAGGUGGUGACGAGGGUAGUGCCGUCCCGAAUGCUUCUAGCAAGGAGGCGUCGCCGUCGCGGGGAGCCGCCGCAGCGACAGAGGGGGGCGCGCAGCAACGGCACCAACUAGAGCUGGAGCGGUUGCUGAACGUGCUGAACGUGAAGGAGGCAAUUUACAACGACGCCGGGGACAACCGGCCCUGGUUCCCCGGCGGUCCGGACGACUACCGGCGGCGCCAGUACCGGGUAGACUGGGACAGCGGAAGGUUUUCGGUGUCCUACGCCGAUCGCAAGGCGAAUGGCGAGGGACCUUCGUCUCCGGCAGCUUCGUAGUAGAUCCCUCGUCGCCGGCAGCUUGGUAUAAAUAGUCUAGUGUAACGAGGAAGAUAUUGCGGGGUAUCUUUUCGGGGAAUCGAAAUUUCCAGAUUUUUCCGGCGAAAUAGCAAAGGCACGGAUGUUUUUUAUCGUUUGUGCGUUUUUCCGGCCGGAAAGGAAACACGAUUCUGUAGCUGCAGCUGGUGUGAGUAACAUUUUGCGGUUUAUGUAGAUUGCUAAUUGCCAGGCAAAUGGUGACGAGGGGCGUAAGGCGCACUGCGACUCGUGCUGUACGUAAAACACGAGUCGUACAGCGCAAGCAGCUCGUGACAUGUAAAAUGGAAUCGGGAUUAGGCCGCAGGUCGUGCGCGGUUGUUGGAGGUCGCUACGCGCUCUGGUGCGAAAAUAUCACCGCAACGUUGCGACGAAAAGAAAACUGUUCUAAUGGAGUUCAUUAGAUAGCACACAUCCUUGAGUCUCGCGUGGGUGGUCUUUGCUUGCAUUGGUCAGCGAGAACGCCUCGGGCGAAUGGGGUUUGACCCAAAUGUGGUUUAGGUCUACAGUGCGACGAAAGUCAAAAGAGAGUUACAAUUUUUUACAGUUAUCUAGCAAGGUGUGCUCACGUUGAGCAAAACAGUCAAAGUGGGGCACGUGUAGCACCACGUAGAUAGUAGGACAGGUCUGGUGAACCAGAGAGAAGGUAUAUACUGAGAGGUGAAAGGAAGUGAGACGAGGCGGACCGCUAUCGACCAUCGAGGUCACGGAUGAAAGUUCCCCUUCGCAGAGAGCAGAGAAGACUUGUUAGGUCAGUCCAGUCCGAGGGAUUAGACUGUCCUGUUGACGCUGGAUGUUACAGAUAGACAUACAAGGAGGCGUGUUGGUUCAGGAGACUCAAGUCCCGCACAAAGCUAGAUACUCGUUCAUGCUUUCGCGCACAUACUACUGUGGAUAACUACGGCCUCAUUCCCUGCCGGUUUCGUUCGAGUCGUAUCGAUAUUACAAAAACCGAGAUGCGAGAAAAGAGGUAUUAGACGGUAUCUCCCUGCAAGCGUGCUUGACGAAUUGUUCAACGACGAGUUUGCCAGACGCAUCGCCAAGGACAUUUGCAACUGUAGGGGUGGCAUUGUGUCCCUGUUCCAUCACUUCGGAGACCUGAGAAUACAACGAGAGUAUUCCGCGACGGAAGGAAUGCAACACUAACACUGGUACAUACACCUGCCCUCUCCAUCAAACAAAACCAGGUUCAGGCUGACUUUUUAGGGCGCGGGCAAAGAACACCACAUUCAUCCACGACACACAAUACAGAUCUGUCAGCUCAAACCGCAUCGUCAAACGAAGCCC